AUGUCGAACAAACUUCAACGCUUCUAUAGUGUACAGAAUUAUGGUUACAUCGUUAAUGAAGCAAACGAGGUUACUCCUACCACUGUCCCUAAGCAUCCAAAGAAUUAUUUUCGGUCACUCUCUUACACAUUAUCAAAAGGUGAGAGAACCAUUGAUAAACAGGAGGAACAAGCGAAUGUAAUUGAUAAGUUAUUGAAAACAAAACUAACUCGUGUUGUAUCAAUACCAAACAAUGAUAGCAAGGAUAUUAUCAUUCAACCGAUAUCAUCACAUCAUACAACUAUUGAAACCGGCAUCACUCAUCAUGCAAUAAAGCCUGGUAGACAACGAUGGAGAUGGAAUUUAUUAUUUAAUUUACUCGUUUGGCUAAUUGUACCAUUCCCAUUGUGGAUACCAUUUCUGUCUAAUCAAUUAGCUCUCUACGUCAUACCAGUAAUUCAGACCAUUUUUGUAUUUAUGUGGGUGAUUAUAGCUAUAUUAGCAAUGAAAAAUGCCAUCAUCUUGUAUAUAAAUCGAACUCACAAUUUUAUUAAUGAUUAUUUAACAUCAUCCAUCACUAUUCGCCAUCUUGUUGCUAUUAGUUGCUAUAAAGAACCAGUUGAGCUGAUUCUACGCAGUAUUCAAACUAUAGCAAAUCAAACAGAAGUUAAACGAAUAACGAUGGUCAUCUCAUUCGAAGAGCGUACACCCAACGUCAAUGAAAAAUGCUUACAAAUUGAAAACAAAUUUAAAGAUUGUGGUUUUGAACGUUUAAUAUUUACGAUUCAUCCAUUUGGAAUUGAAAAUGAAAUACCGGGUAAAUGUUCGAAUGCUAAUUAUGGUUUACGAAUGGCUGUUGAACAAAUGGUCACAGAACAGCAAGAAAAAUUUGAACCGGAACAUGUCUUGGUGACAACAUGUGAUGCUGAUUCACAAUUUCAUCCACAAUAUUUGGCAGCAUUAACAUCAAAAUAUUUACAUGAUAAACAGCCGCUAACAACCAUCUAUCAAUCACCAUUAUUUUAUAAUUGGAAUUUAGAUGGUCUAUCUUUUGUAACACGCGUUACCGGUAUUCUUAGAAGUACAUUAAUGUUAGGAGCAUUGAUACCAUUUAAUAUAAACACAAUGAGUAUCUUCUCAUUUUCAUUACGUUUAGCGAUCGAUGGUAAUUAUGUUCAUCCAGCCUAUCAGAUGGACGAUAUUAUUUGUCUAAUUCGAUGGAUGGGCGUUACGCAGCGACGUUUAAAAGUGAGAAUGAUACCUGUACCCGUUCUAAGUGGUCCGACAUGUGGUAACACAAUUGAACAAGAAAUUAUGGAAUGGGCCAGACAAGCACGACGUUGGACAAUUGGAGCAGCUGAAGUAUUUCAUUAUUAUGUAAUUAAAGCAAAACGAAUGCCUUGUCUAUCAGCUCUUUCAUGGGGUAUGUGUUUUCUUAUAUAUUACGGUAUUCUUUUGUGCACAAGUGGUUUGUAUGGUUUGACAUCCAUAUUGUCUAUGUUUUUAAUUAUUAAAAAUGUACCAUUAUCAAUAAGUUAUUUCAUGUAUGCAUUAUUCUGUAUACAAAUGUUAACAUUUCUCGUAGCAUUUAUCAUUGACAUAUUUAUACCAAAAUUAUUAAAUGUUAAAGAAUGUAUAUGUUUUCCAAGAAAUUUAUUUCAUUUUUUAACAACACCAUUCGUUCUAUUAGGUUAUUCAUUAGUGGAAUUUUAUGCUUUACACGAAGUCGUUAUCCGUGGAAAAAAAGUUUGUAAACAUGGUGCAUCGAAUAAAAAUUCACUUGCCUCUUAA